UGGUUUACCAAUUGCAUCAAGUGUCCUGCCUUGCUUGUUGCUUUUUGCUUCUUCUUGUUUGUGUUGGUUGACGUGGAAGUUGGUGUGGUCGUGGACGGCGGUGGUGGUGCAUCCAAACCGUGCUGCCUUGCUUGCUGCCUCGCUUGCUUGCUUGCUUGACUCGACAGACAGCGAAGCCCUGGUGAGCACCUGAGCGCAAGGUCUUUGUUUGGGCCGGACGGUGGCCUGUUGAGGAAUCCGAGCGACAGUCCAAACCCCACGGCCAUGGCGCAGAGAUGGCGGUCGUUGUUGGGUGUCGUGCCAUGCUUGUCAGCAGUGGCAUUGCUGGCAGUACUGGCGUUCUUGACAACAACACAAACACUAGUCACAGCGAGCGGCAUUGGCAGUGACGCUGGCGGCAGCAUGGGCGGCUACUUGCCGCUUCCAGCCUUUGACGAUGCCGUCCAAUUUGCCAUUCAGUGGACCGACCCUCCAUCAAAUGCAAAGUUGUACGAGAGCAUUAACAUGCAGACCGCCUUGGGGGAACCGUACACGUGCUACGUUCCCAAGACAAACAUCCACGAAGCAAACGACCGUCGAGCGAGCGACGAGGACCGUGCAGUCACACCACCACAUCCACAGCAGCUGCUCAGUUCGCUGGUGGGUCAGUGCUACUUUCGCUUGGAAGGGUACUGGUCGUAUGAGUUUUGCUUCGACAAGUUCGUGCGGCAGUAUCAUGAGGAGAAGGUGACCACAAAGUCUGGCUCCACCCGCACCAAAGUCACCGAGUACUACCUUGGCCGCCUGCCCGUGAGCAGCGAUGAUGCCAUGUCUGGCCCACCAGCAACAGCGUCGAUGGUGCUUGAGGGCGAGGACCGGGUGUACUUCAGCCGCGUGCACGGCGGUGGCGACGCGUGCGACCUGACGGGCCGGCCGCGCGAGACAGAAGUGCGGUUCAUCUGCAGCAAAGGACUCGGCAUUCCAGAUGGGAUUGUCCAGGUGGACGAAACAUCCACCUGCAAGUACAUGCUCGUGUUUGCGUCCCGCGCCCUCUGCGCCAGCGAAGAGUUUGUCGAGAAGGAGGAACCGGAACACCCCAUCGUCUGCUCAGCAACGGCGGUCCUGGAGGAGGGCCAGGGCGUCACCAUCGGCGACCUCGAGGGCGAGGAGGUCGUGCAGGACCGCGGCGGCGGCGGCGGCGGCAGCGAUGACACCCAACACACGCGCGCGAAGCGCGGCGCCCCGGUAGGUGGCGGGAGUCUGCACCUUGCCAAGCGGAUCAUGGACGGGUCGUUGUGCUUGCAGGGCGGUGGGCGCGGGUGGUGGCGGUUCGAGUACUGCCCGGGCAAACACGUCAUGCAGUUCCACAAGCACGAGGACGGAACAACAGACAAGAUCAUGCUUGGGGUGUGGGACGAGCGGGAGCACCGCCGGCGGUACCGUGUGCAGGAUCCCGAUGCACCGACAGCGAAGAAGCCGACCGCCAAGCAGCUCACGCAGUUUUUCGUUGGCGGCGAUUACUGUGACGCGGCCAAGAUCGACAGAGAGGUGGUGGUGCGGAUGUUGUGUCGCCGCUCGUUGAAUCCAGACCAGAUUCACAUGUCAUUGGAGGAGGACCCAAAGUGCAAGUACACGUUGACGCUGCGAGCGCGGGCAGUGUGUGACAUCCUUGAAUUUGCCGACGGCGAAGGCGUUAUUGUUCCACAGACGCACACACAAGGGCAGGACGACGAGGAUGCACAAGGUGAUGGCGGUGAUUGA